AAAAAAAUUCUGCCGGCUGCCCUGUCUGGCAGGUGCUCUACUGAUAGCACCCUUCCUCUGACAGCUCGGCUCCUCACACAGACCUAAGGGAAAAAGAACAGUAACCAAGGAGAAACCAUCCAGAAUGCCACAAAACGUUAUUCUCCAAGGACCGGCACCCUGGGGAUUCAGGCUCUCAGGAGGAAUAGAUUUUAACCAACCCUUAAUCAUAACCAGGGUUACACCUGGAAGCAAGGCUUCAGCUGCCAACCUGUGCCCUGGUGAUGUUAUUGUAGCUAUUGAUGGUCUAAGCACAGAGAAUAUGACACAUAAUGAUGCCCAGGAGAGAAUUAAAGCAGCUGCACAUCAACUUUGCUUGAAAAUAGAGAGGACAGGAACUAAAUUAUGGUCCCCACAAAUUUCAGAAGAUGGCAAAGCACAUCCCUUCAAGAUCAAUUUGGAAGCUGAACCACAGGAUGUGAACUACUUUGAACACAAGCAUAACAUUCGGCCCAAACCUUUCAUAGUCUCAGGCCGAAGCAGUGGAUGCAGCACUCCUUCGGGGAUUGACUGUGGCAGCGGACGCAGUACCCCCUCUUCAAUUAGCACGGUUAGCUCUAUCUGCCCCACCGAGCUGAAAGCAGUGUCUAAGAUGGCUCCUAACAUUCCCUUGGAAAUGGAGCUUCCCGGUGUCAAGAUUGUACACGCUCAGUUUAACACACCUAUGCAGUUGUACUCAGAUGACAAUAUCAUGGAAACACUGCAAGGCCAAGUUUCUACAGCUCUGGGGGAAACACCCAUAAUGAGUGACCCAUCUCCCAACUCAGUGCCUCAGUCUGACGUGUACAAGAUGCUGCACACCAACCAGGAGGAGCCCACUCAACCUCGCCAGUCUGGCUCCUUUAAGGUGCUCCAGAAUUUAGUCUCCGAGGAAGGUGAUGGACGCCCUGUGGGUACAAGAAGUGUGAAAGCACCUGUAACAAAGACACCUACUGCCAUGCCUGGUGCCCAGAAAGUGCCACUGUGUGACAAGUGUGGGAAUGGGAUUGUAGGAACAGUGGUGAAGGCACGUGAUAAAUACCGGCACCCAGAAUGCUUCGUGUGCUCUGACUGCAAUCUCAACCUGAAACAAAAAGGCUACUUCUUUGUGGAGGGACAACUAUACUGUGAAGCUCAUGCACGAGCUCGCAUGAGGCCACCAGAGGGAUAUGAAGCGGUUACUGUUUACCCAAAAUGUUAGUCUUAACAUUAAUACACAGAUAUAUGCAUGCACACAAAAAGCCAUUAACAGCUUAGAACUGCAGUCCAAGCGUCAGGACUUCUGCCUGAUUCCAAAGUAGCAGCUUUUAAACCUUUUCUUGUGGGAUUCUGAGGAAGGCUGAAGUCCCUAUUAGCCAGCAGUAACAUAUUAUACCAGUAAAAUUCUGCUAAAAUAUUAUCUUUUGAAGUUGCCAAAAUAACUCAAUGAAGUAUAAACUGAAACAGCUGUACUGGAAUAAAAAA